UCUUUAAAAAACAGAUACACAUAUGUUAUGCUGAGUAAAUCCGUACGGUGGUUCUCCUUAUUCACCUCUGGGAUACAUUACCUGGACUUGCAUUAUGUUAUGUAGAGUGUUAGAAGUGAUCACCUUGGCAAUAGUGUUACAGCAAUGUGAUGUGCGGGCACAGGCGGCCUGCAGUGUCAGUGAGGUGUGCUGUCCUGACGACGAUUGUUCCAAGAUAGCAUAUGGCCCAAAAGGUGAAGCUGGUCUUCAAGGACCCAAAGGUAACGCUGGUGGAGAAGGACCCCAUGGCUUUCCAGGGGUUUCAGGAGAAAAAGGAGACAAAGGUAGUUAUGGAAUGCGUGGGCAAGAUGGACAGAAAGGAGAAAAGGGUGAUUCCUGUUCGUGUAAAACAGAAGGACCUGGUGACGCACAAGCAGGCAGCCAGAAAGGAGAAAUGCCUAGUGUUAAUGGAGGGUUGUUUGCAGCCAUCUGUUUGCUGUACGUGUUAGUUCUGGUCAUCGUGGCAGCUAUGGUUUUCCUCACUUGGAAAAAUAAGACGACGAUGGAUACCUUUCAAAAAGUAUUAUUGUCACUGGCAGAACGGGAGAACUUAAACAUACAAGAUCAGAAUUAUACCGAUCUUGAUCAGGGGCAAAGGGAGCCAACACAUAAAUAUGACCAACUAUCAGCUCACCCGCCUCCCAACGAAGACAAUUGCGAAGGUUUUACAUACGAAGAUCCUGCCUCUUCAGCGGCCUAUAUUGAACCCUUACCACCAUUAACUUCAGAAGCCUAUAUUGAACCCUUACCACCAUUAAAUACGUAGUAUAUUUAUACUUUGUUGAAGUAUAGUAAAUAAUUGUAAAGUAUGUUUAUGUUCUUUACGAGAUCACAAUGUGUACGUGGUAAAUAAUAUAAUUACAAAGUAUAUUGAUGUCCUGAACGAGAGAGAGACAAAGAGACAGAGAAAGACAGGUAGAGAGAGAGAGAGAGAGAGAGAGAGAGAGAGAGAGAGAGAGAGAGAGAGAGAGAGACAAUAUCACAAAUGUAACAUGUGUUUUGUUAUGUAAAACCCAUGGCGUCUUCUUGCGUUUUGACCUAUAAAGAUGGUGAUAUUGUUAUUAACAGCCAUGGUUUGUGAUCUGAUGGCAUCAAUUUCAUAUUUAAUAAAACAUGUACAGGGGUGUCAGCGUUUCAGUUGACAAACGGAAUGGAAUGAAAACGCAAUGAAAACGCAACGAGAACGAAAUGAAAACGGAAUGAAACAAGGCCUAAACGGAACGGAACGAAAAUAAUUUUACUGUUUGGAACGAAACGCGAAUGUAACAAGAUGCAAAUAUUUAGACCACUCAAACACAAACUUGGUAGGAUAUAUCUGGAAAUGAUAUAUUUGUCCAAAUCUUGAGUAUGCUAGUGGUGUAUGGAAUAAUUGUGAUCAGACUGAAUAAGAUCUUCUGAAUUUAUCAAGCUAGAUGCUGCUAGAAUUGUUUUUAUUACUGGUCUCCGAAGAGGUACUAGUCAUGAAAUCAUCUAUUAUUCUAUUCUGGCCCUUUCCCGAGGGAACUGUUCUCUUAUAGUGUUGUCUGGGGUGGUAUAGUGCCCGAGUCGAGGGAAAGGGUCAUAAUAGAUUUAGUACAUCACAUGACUGUCAAUUGACAAUAAAAAGGCAAACAUGAGGAACUUCAUUGAUAAUAUAUUUAAUAAGUAACAACUGCUGGAAAUUUGAACGUAACAUUUGAAGUUUUGAUUCCUGAGUUGUUGUUAAUUGUAACGGUACAAUUACUAAAUUUGAAAGAAGGUGCACAAACAAUGGAAUGUCGAAAUCUCUGCCACAUGAUGGUUCUUGUAAAUACCACCGCAAACAUUGCCUGAUGGCAAUGAGUAGAUCUCUCCUUUUUUUGUUGCGUAUAUUGGCAUAGAAAUCCGCCAAAGCACCGUUCAAUUUACUGGAUUGAAUACGGUUCCCGUUUCCAGUAGGAAGUCUUUAAGGACUGCGACGGCAAAUUGUGUCGCCUGCUUCGUCUUUAUGCAUUACUGAGCCUCUGCGAAGCAGUCGGCAUUCCCGGUCCCGAAUCUCGAAGUCAUUUUGGCAGAUGACAACAAUGAAGUGAAAGUAGAAUAUGUACAGCGCUCCCUAGGAGAGGGGGCACAACUCUUAGCGUCACGCUACUUUUCCCGCAGUCUCAGCCGUCCAAAAAUAAAGGUAUAGUGCCCGUCUUCAGGUAUAGUUCCCGUUGUCAAGGGUGGAUGCUAGCUAUACCAAAUAGAACAAGGGUAGUUCCUAGAAAUUAUCAUGUGAUGUACUAAAUCUGGAUGGGACGUUCUUAAGAAACGUAGAAAGGAUCAGCAGCAAGUAGUGUUUUACAAAAAUAAUUAACCAUGUUAGUCCAAAUUAUCUGUUUGAAAUUAUGGAACCUUACAUAAUUAGCGAUGAAGAUUUGACCUAUCAUGUCUGACAUCAACGUAAAUUUGAACCACCAAUUUGUCAAUCUAAUAAUACUUAAACAGUUUCUUUCCUAGCAUAAUGUAUUGGUGGAAUAGACCUGAAUGUAAUUAUUAUAAUUUAAGAUCUAUCUGUGAACUCAAAAAACAAAUUGUUCUUCAUGCCAUACCCCAAAAUACUGAAGAUAUAUGUACUAUUUUUUUUUAAUUUUUUUUUAAAUAUGAAGGGACUAGAUCUUUAAACAUAAUUUUUUGUCAACUUCGAAAUCGUGCAAGUCAACUGAACUCUGAUCUCUUUAGAGACUAUCUUAAUGAUAAUCCCUCCAGUAUAUGUGGUUAUAAUAAUGAAGAUGUGAGUAACUUCUUUCUGCAUUGCCCUAGAUACAUGACUCAAAGACAAAAUAUAAUAUCUGCAUCACAUUUACAGCAUGACAUCAAUUUAAAUUUACACUUAAAUUUGGACUUAAACCUUUAUGAACAUUUCAUGUUUAAUGCUAAUAUAUAUUGACUAAAGGAAGUAGUUACCUUAGUGAAGAUCUUAACUCUGCUAUUCGUGUUUGUGUUCAGAGAUAUAUAGAACCAAGCAACAGAUUUUGAAUGUUAUGUAUGUAUGCGCCCGCGCGUGUGUAUGUGUGUGUGUGUGUGUGUGUGUGUGUGUGUGUGUGUGCGUGUGUGUGUGUGUGUGUGUGUGCAUGUUUGAACAUGUUUGUAUGUGUAUGCAUGCAUGCGUGUAAUUCAAAGUCUGUUAUCUGUUAUUGUUUGAGAUGUACAUCAAGGGAGAGGGCUUGUAUAGGCUUUGUCUGUUGCCCAGUUCCAAUUGAAUCGAUAAUAAAAUAUUGUGAAUGAAAUGAUAUUUUAUCAAUUAAUGUCUUCUUUUUUUUGAAGUAAAUUGACAUAUUAUAACUAAUUAGAUUAUUUCCGAUAAACGUGAUUCUUGUUAUAAGGUUUUCUCUCUCCUUCACCUAUGCAAGAUGAACGUAUAAGCGUACCCGGUGGCUCUUAGUUCAAGAACAACACUUUUUGUUUGUGUUAAAAUUGUUCAACAUGUUGUCAACCGACGUUCUACAACGUAGAGUCACGUCCGAUUAAUAUGUGUUUUAAUAUUCCAUAUGUAUCGCCUAAAUAGAGUCGGCAACUGAUAUCUCCUCAUGGCAAUAAAGUAUUGCAGGCUAAUUUUGUCUUAUAAGUGUUCAUUUUGUAACCAGUUUCUUUCCUGUGCUUUAAAACUCUGUUCUGUUCUUAUUUAAUUUGCAGUAAGGGAUGGAUUGUAAACAGUGGUAAUCAAUGUUUAGGUUUUGGAUAUAUGCAUAUUUGGUGCAGAGUUUUGAGUCAAAAUUUCGGAAAGCUUAGAUUUUCACCAUGAAUUCUAUACUUUCAUCUAGAAUAUCCUUAUUCAAUAUGCCUACUUUGGGGAGAUAUGGAGAUUAUGUAUUGGUAUUUAAUGAAACUAGUAGAGUUAAAUUUGUUUACUUACUUAUGGAAUGCUUUAUAUUAAGUAUCAAUUUUGAAUUAAACAAAUAAAACA